AAUAAAGAUAUCUUAAGAAGAAAACCGUAAAAAAAGAUUGUAAAUGGAGUAUCAAACUAGCUUCUUCUACGAAAACCAAGCUCAAGAGUUCUCACCGGAGAACUCUUGUUCAACAAACUCAUGGAGCUCACAAGAAUCAUUCUUAUGGGAAGAGAGUUUCUUACAUGAUCAGUCAUUUAGCCCUUCCUACUACUCUAAUGACUUCAUGGCAUUUGGAUCAUCACUCAUCAAGGAAGAAGAAGGAGAAGACACCGUGGCGGCCUUGGAGGAGGAGGAGAGGUCAUACAGAGGAGUGAGGAAGAGGCCGUGGGGGAAAUACGCAGCCGAGAUAAGAGACUCAACGAGGAAAGGGAUAAGAGUGUGGCUAGGGACUUUCGACACUGCGGAAGAGGCUGCCCUUGCUUAUGAUCAGGCAGCUUUCGCAUUGAAAGGUGACCUUGCGGUACUCAACUUCCCCGUAGAUGUUGUUAGGGACUCUCUCCAGAGGAUGGAAGAUGUAAAUUUUGAUAACGGAGAGUCUCCGGUGAUAGCUUUGAAGAGAAAACAUUCCAUGAGAAACCGACCCAGAGGAAAGAAGAAGUCUUAUCCAUCUUCAUCUUCCUCUUCGUCUUCAUCUUCAAAAAGUAGAAUACAAAGUGUUGCUAUGAAGCAAGAAAGUACUACAACAGUUGUAGUUUUUGAGGAUUUAGGUGCUGAGUACUUAGAAGAACUUAUGAGAUCGUGUUCAUGAUCAUCUCUCUUUUUACAAUAAUAUGAGAUUUAAGUGACCUCUGAUUUUGAUAAUAGUUUUUAUUGUUGUCGGAUUUUGGAAGGGAUGUGAUGGAGAUGUUGGAACUGUAUAGACAAGUGGUCUACCGUUGCGUUAUUGUUGGAAAGCAUGUAUUAUGAAUUAUCUAAUUCUACGUAAAUCACUAUA